AUGAAGGCUAUUGAACACUGGCCUGUCCUCAAAGGAUCUAAAUGGAAUGAAAGUACAUUUGAUUUUCGUGAAAGCAUGUUCAAAGUUGGUAAUACAACACAAUGGAAAAAUUAUUUAUUUCGGUUCUAUUACACUUAUGAUGGUUCGAUCGCUGUGGAGCCAUAUUCAACUGAAUUGAGUCCAGAAGAUUUAGUUCAAGGUCUCAAUAAUACUAAAGUAAAUGAAUACUACAAUAGCAUGUUUAAUUUUGCAGAAUUAAUAAAUGCUUCGGUACAUAAUACUAAUUACACAGAUGAUUUAAAAAAAAUUCUUGAUUUUGAAAUUGAACUAGCUCGUGCAAGACUUUUACCAGUACAAAAUUUAAAUUUGACUUUUGAUGAAGUUCAAAUGACACUCGAUGCUACUUGGAUUGAUAAUUCUACAAAGACCAAUAUUUUUGAAGAACUUAUGUCAUUUCAACAUAAAAUUGGAGAUAUCAAUAUAUUCACUGAUAAUUUAGGAACUAAUAAAUUCUAUGAAAAUUUAGAAUUACUUGACGAUGAAAAUUUUAAUGAUGCAAUACAAUGGAUAAAGCUAUUUGAAGAGAAAAUUCGAUUCACAAGUGGUUUUGGUUUUUUCAUGAAUAGUAUUGCCUUGUACUUAUAUCAAAGUGAAGCAUUUUUCCUGCAGAACUUUAAUUUAAUGAUGCUUCAGAGUGAUUUUUUUGAUAUUGAACAACCAAAUUACAUGAACUAUGGUGCUUUGGGAACUUCAAUAGGCCACGAAAUGACACAUGGUCUUGAUAUUAAUGAAAUAAAUUAUGAUGCAAACAAUCGUUGGAAUCGUGUGAAUUCACACUGGACAUCAUUUUCAAAAAAUAAUUUUCAUAACAAAUCCAAAUGCAUCAUUGAACAAUAUAACAAUUUUACAGUCCCAGAAGUUGGAUUAAAUGUAAAUGGAACUCUCACUCAAGGUGAAACGGUUGCAGAUAACGGUGGAGUAAAAGCUGCUUAUCGAGCUUAUAAAGAGUUAUUAAAUAAUGAUAAAAAACUUCCUGGUUUGAACUACAGUCCAGAACAACUAUUUUGGAUAAGUUAUGGAAAUUCAUGGUGUGAAAAAAAUUCAACUGAAGUUUUAAGGAUACAACUUUCUCGUGUACAUCCACCAUCUAAAUUUCGAGUAAUUGGUGCAUUAUCUAAUAUGCCAGAGUUUGCAAAAGAUUUCAACUGUCCAUCUGGAUCCAACAUGAAUCCAAAUAAAAAAUUCAUUACAUAA